AUGACUCUGUUUUGGUUUCUCUCACUUUUAUUCCUCGUCUCUAUCCUUCUUAUCUCUGUCAAACACACUAAGCGGCCAUGGCGGCAACCACCGUGUCCUCCAGGCUUACCGAUCAUUGGAAACUUGCACCAGCUCGGAGAAUUACCACAUCAAUCUCUAUGGACACUCUCAAAGAAGUAUGGUCCUGUAAUGUUACUGAAACUUGGAAGUGUUUCAACAGUUAUCGUUUCUUCUCCUGAAACAGCUAAACAAGUUCUUAAAGACUAUGACCUUCAUUGUUGUAGCCGUCCAAGCUUGGAAGGCACAAGAAAGCUUUCUUACAACUAUCUAGACAUUGCUUUCUCUAGAUUCGAUGAUUAUUGGAGAGAAUUAAGAAAGCUUUGUGUUCAAAAACUCUUUAGUGCUAAACGAGUUAAGUUGAUUGAACCCCUCAAGGAGGAGGAGAUGAGGAAACUGAUUGAGUCAAUUACUGAAUCUGCUUCUCAGAAAACUCUAAUUAACUUGAGCGAGAAGUUUCUUUCUUUAAACGCAAGUGUGAUUUGCAAGGCAGCAUUUGGUGUGAAUUUCCAAACAACUGUGCUCAACAAUGAAAGGUUCCAAGAUUUAGUCCAUGAAGCUCUCGAGAUGUUGGGGAGCUUCUCUGCUUCAGAUUUUUUCCCGCAUAUUGGUUGGAUCUUCGACUUGUUCACGGGUUUACACGCACGGAGAGAGAGAAGUGUGCGAGAUCUUGAUGCUUUCUAUGAACAAAUGAUUGGUUUGCAUCUACAGAAAAACAGAGAAUCAAGUGAAGGUGAUUUUUUGGACUUGCUACUGAAGUUGGAGAAGGGAGAAGCUGUUCUCGGACAUGGCAAAUUCACAAGAAACCAUAUCAAAGCAAUCUUGAUGAACAUCCUUUUGGGUGGAAUCAAUACUUCUGCAAUAACCAUGACUUGGGCAAUGGCUGAACUCGCAAGAAACCCGCGGGUGAUGAAGAAGGUUCAAUCUGAAAUCAGAGACCAAAUAGGGGAAAACAACAAAACAAGAAUCAUAAACUUAGAUGAGACUAAUCAACUCAUUUACCUAAAAAUGGUGAUCAAAGAAACAUGGAGGUUACAUCCAGUAACACCUCUUCUAGUCCCAAGAGAAGUAACAUGUGGAUUUCAAAUCAACGGCUACACAAUUCAACCAAACACAAGGCUUCAUGUUAACGUAUGGGCUAUUGGCCGUGAUCCAAGGAUAUGGAAAAAUCCAGAAGAGUUUUUCCCUGAGAGGUUUAUAGAUUGUGACAUUGAUGUUAAAGGACAAGACUUUGAGCUGUUGCCAUUUGGUAGUGGUCGGAGAAUUUGUCCAGCAAUGUACAUGGGGAUAACAACGGUUGAGUUUGGUCUUGCGCAUCUCUUGUACCACUUUGAUUGGAAGUUACCAGAAGGUAUGACGGUAGAAAACAAUGACAUGGAUGAAGCUUCUGGACUCACUUCCCAUAAGAAACAUGAUCUUCUACUUGUUCCUGUGAAACCUUUAGAUCCAUGA